CCCGGGGCUGUGGCGCCGUGUCCUGGAGCGGGCGGUCCCCGGCCGGGCAGGCGAGGAGCGGCGCUGGCGGGACCCGCGCUGCGGGCGGCGGUUCCAGACCUGAGAGGCUCCUCGCUCGGUGCCCGCGGGGAAAGGCUGGGAGCCUCAGCGUGUGGUUCAAAGUAGCCCUGUGGGUCUGUGUUUUGUACCGGGCCAGGCUGCUGGGCUGAAGGGGAGCUGAGCUCCUGUGCCCGAGGGCGGGACAGCCCGGGCGGUGUAGGCGUUCCUUCGUGAGACGAACGCUGCCUUCCCUGCGAGCCUGCCCCUUCCAGCCCUGUCAGUCACCGCCGCAACUGGCGCGGCUGAAUCCAAAUUGGACGCUUUGUAAACAUUACUUGACUCUGUGACCAACAUGUAAUUUUCUGCACCAGAAGACAAGAAGGAAACAACAGUUUUUAAGAAAUAAGCCAUGCCUGUUGCAGCUGAUGUAACUGUGGGGGACCUGCCUGUGAGACAUGCAGGUCUAACUCCAGCUGGAAUUGAAGGAUUACAAGAAUCUUCAACUGCACAGAAUAUAAAAGCUCAACAAGCUAGGUAACAAAUCAGUCAAGAAGAAAUGGAGGACAGGUUUCUUCAGGCACAUGAUACUCACAUCUUACUCAAGCGGCAUGCAAAUGAGCAAGAGGAGAAAACUAAAAGAAUGACCACCAAGUUAAUACAGCUUGUUAAUGAUAAAAAAAAAGUCUGAACAGGUUGGUGGCGGCCCCAAGUGGCUGGGUCAGGCCUGGAGCUGGAAGAAAGGAUUGUGCAUUGACAAGAAAAAGUUCAUGAGCUUGAGAAACAAAAUGAAAGCCCCCUUUCAGCUGACCAGCAGCUCCAGAUUCCAGGCCACAGACCUUGUCCAUACAGCUGUGUUCAAUCUUUUAUUAGCAGUGUUCUCAGAAAAGUGAGCGAGGCUGCUGGUAUGCCAGAGCACACAAGGAAAGGUACUUUUAAAGCCAGCGUGAAGAUGAGGUUUAAAGGAAGGAUAGAGUUCAUGUUCCUUAUUUCUGCAGUUGUGGUACAAGGCAUAAAGCUAGAUCAACUAAACAUUUAGGACAAUGUGAAAAUUAUCAAGGUCUGUAAACAACUGGUUGAGAAAAGCAGUUCUCUUUCAGCAAUAGAAUGAAAGUUUUUCCAGUUUCAAGACAUAUUUGGAAUUUUGUCAAGCCUAAAGAACUUAAAGACCAACCAUGGCUUAGCGAAAGGUCAUGAACUGAAUGAACAGCUUAAAGAGGAGCAGUUAAAAUAGUUCCAUCUUCAAGACAAAUUGCAAUCAGUAACUAUAUCAAACAGAGGGACAGAGGAGGAAAGAAUAAACAAUCCAGAAAAAGAGAAUGAACUCUUGAACAAAAACUAUGAUAAGCUGCAUAACAGCGUCUUCUGUAUGACCCAUGAACAGCAAUGGAAAUCAAAGGAACAGCAAAUGAAACUGCAAAUUGCUAAACUAGAGAUGGCUAUCAAAUCUGAUUUAGCAGACAAAAAUGCAAUCCUUGACAAGAUCAAAGUAGAAAGAGCGUAUGGGACAGGAGGUCAAACAAGAAAAGCUAGCAGAUGAUAAGGUGGAGAUGGCUGAAGAAAUUUAACAGGAGACAGAAAAGCUCUCACAUCUGUCAGAGGAGCAGUUAGCUGACCAAACAUCAAUUACUUGUGGAAAUGAGAGAGAAAUAACUGAAGAAUUGGAACCAGAAGGUAGAAUUCAUCUUUAUGAAUAAGAAGUUGAAAAAUGUGGUUUAAAAUUGCAUCACUUGGUUUUACGAAGUCAUGAAUUACAUCAGAUGAAGCAAUACAGCAGCUCAGUGUAGAAUGCAGAUGAAACAAUUUCCCUGCAGGGGACACUGCACUGUCACUUCCAAACCCAACAGGUGGUCAGAGGAGUGACUGUAAAUAUAGAUCUGGGGAAGAGGAAACCUUACUGUGAGGUGGAGAGUCAAAAAGAAUUGUUGUGACUACAGUGGCAGAUGCUCAGUGAUACCCCAGAAGAUGAGCAGAACUUGAAUGUGAAGAUAUUGAUUUUGCUGAAUCUGUUUGAAAAAGAUAUUCCAGAAGCAAAGAAAUACCAUUGAACAAGACAUUGGUGUUUUUGAUUCACAGGAUGACAGUGCAGUAAUUGGGAAGCUCAAAGGAGCAGUGGAAGCCCUCCACACUCUGCCCUCAGUCGAGAGGGAAAUGCAAAGAUGACUACGAGGCAUGAAAGGAAGUUUGCCUACAGAAGAGCCUUCUCCCAGUGUAAAUACAUGCUUGAUAGUGCAUCAAAGAUGAGAUCUUUGUAAUUCCUGUAGUAUAUUUAAUGUAUAAUUUAUAUGAAAAGGACGCUUGAUUUGUAGUUGUAAAGUUUUGUAUACUUUUCAGUCUGUUUGUUUUUAUAUUUCCCCCCUAAGGCUAAGAAUAUCUCCACAAUGGACAACGUCUUGUAAAUAAUUAAUACCUACAUGAUUGAACGACGUGCUUUAUUUGCAUUUUUAAGAUUUUUUCCUACAUAAAACAGUAAUAAAAAUGCAAGUCAAAAUUUUAAUUUUUAAUAAAAAAACCAUAAGCCUUAGAAAACUGAUUAAAAAUACUUUUAUGUUAUCCCUAAUCACCCCGUUAAAUGGAAUGCCUGUGAUUAGCCUCAUUAAGAAUUUUAUACUGUGAAGAUUUUAUUAAAAGCAAUAUAUGAAAAUUACUUGGAUUAAUGUGUUAAUCUGCCUCUUUAAAAUGCUAAUAUCCAUUUUAUGCACAUUAAAUCUCAGUAUGUGUUUUCUUUGAUGCAUGCAGUUCCUAUCAAUUAAAUGUUAAAAAUUAGGCUAGUUGCAGGACUUAUUAAAUUACUGCACCCUUUUUUAAAAUAACUUUUACCCUUCUACUAACAUUAUAAUCAGCUGUUUAUGGUUACCAUAAUUUGAAGUAGGGGGAGGGCAGGUGCAAUCAUUUUCUGUACAGUAGAUGAUUUACUUGCAGCCAACAUCUGUCAAAGCAGAAGAAGAAGCCAUAGAGUAUCAGAUUUUGCUUCACCUACUUUGGGCUUUAGGGAUGCGCAACUGUUUUCAUUUGGGUUUUGUCACUUUUAGAACUUACAUCAAACAUAAACAAUAAAUUGUUGUAUCUGAAUAACUACUGUCUAGUGUGGAAAGUUAAUUUUACAGCUUUUAACCAAUCUCAGUGAAGGAUUUAAUUGAUAUUUUUAAUGGAGCUGUGAAUCAAUGCUGCAAAAGGAUUGUCUCUUGAGAACGAGGAUAUAAUACAUUUCAUUUUUUAAUUUGCUUUUUUAUUUGUCAUUUUCUUCAAAGGAUUUUAUAGACUGUGGAUUUCCACUGUUUGCAAACAGGCUAUGUUUCUUCAUAAGCAUAUGUAAAGUAUUCAGAGAGAUAAGUAAUUUAUUAAAAUCUACCUAAUUUGCCGUGAUAUAUUAAAUCUCUGCUUCAGUGAUCACAGACCAUUUCAUUUAGAGAAUUAGGCAUUCCCUCUUUGUGUGAUUAAAGCUCUGGAAAAUGAGUUCUUUGCUCCUAUUUGUGAACAUUCAAAGCCUGCUAAUGGCAAGAAGAUGGAAUAGAUUAUGAGACAAUUCAUUACAGUUCAACAGAAAAAAACCCCUGCUAUAAUGCAGAAAUGCAAGUAUGAAUAUCUGCAUAUAGUUUGAACCAUCUGUGCUCUAAUGGCUUCAGUAAUGGCUCUUCGUCUUCAGUAGGCUUUGAAAUGACAUCCAUACAAUAUUAAUUUGUUGAUGUACAUUAUGAGGCCAAUGGAAUGAAUAUAUUCUGACCACAGUAAUCUCUGAAUUCCUGCGUGGUCUGCUGGUUGACUCCAUUUUAGGACUUACCAUCUUCUGUAGGGCUUCUCAUCCAGACUUUGCCAAUCCUCAUAGCAUUUCAUUCCUCUGGAACUUUAGGAGACCACAGACAGCUGCAUUCCUAAACCCCUCCAUUCUUCAGUUAAUGGCCAUAUGUUUGUUGUCAUUUGGGCUGGCACUUAGUUCAUCAUUUUGGCCACUAUUUCUAGCUUUUUUUGGCUCUGUGCAUCCACAUUGUCAAUAAGACUGUUAUUAUACAUUACAAUAAUUUGAAACAGCCAGAUUCAACACUGAGAUUAACUGAGUGGCUUUUUAGAAAUUUAGUUGUGGUAUUCUGUCAGGAGGUUCUUAUUAUUCUUCUAAUACUUUGCAAACCAAACUAAAUAUCCUGCACAUAAACAAAGAAGUGAAUUGUAUUGAGUUUUUGUGUGUGACUGUUUACUGACUUGUAGGGGAACUAUGUUAACUGGUGCUUGUUUUCUUCUGAAAUAAACCAUGUGGUAAAAUUAGAAAAUCA